AUGGGAUUCCAGCCGGCUCGACGCCAGGCGGAUACUUUCUGGUGCCUGUCACAGCUACUCGCUGAAGCUCAGGAGAAUCUUCUGGGAGAUGAUGCCCUGGCCUUCCAGGCUCGACGUGUCCAUGAAUUGCAUCAAGCCUUUGACCCUCCGGUGGCCGAGCUCCUUGCGCAACAUGGCCUGGGAGCGAUCCCAGCCUUGAGGCUGGGCACCUUGCUCCUGAGCCGCGCCGGCUUCACACUGCAGCAAGUGGCCCGUCUCUGGGAUUCCUUCUUAGCAGAUCCGCAGCGUUUUGAGUUUGCGGAUCACGUGGUCCUGGCCUUGCUGAUGCUGAGCCGCGGGGACCUGUUGCAGCGCGACAACGUGGGUGGCAUCGCAGAGACCUUGCUGGCAGCGCCAUCUAUUGUUGACUUUGAAUUGCUGUUGCGCCGCGCGUAUGCCGUUUGUGCAUUCCAAAGACGCCAUGGCCCAGCGUCCUCUAUGCCAUUUCCACGACCGCAAGGUCUCGACUUCGACAGUGCUGUAGCAGCGGCGCAGGAGAGCUUGUCCUCCCUGUGGGGCAAGGUGCGUGCAGCGGGUGCAGGUUACUGGGAAGCCGUCGGAGGGCCUGCCGGCGUUUGUUUGCCAAGCUCCGAGCUUUUCAGCGAGAGGGCCUGUUCUGUAGCUCGGCAGAAGCUGGGCAGCUUGGCUGUCACCAUGUGUGAUGUGGUGUUGCUGGGUGCUGGUCAAAGGCUUCCAGCCCAUCGUGUGGUCCUGGUCGCAGCGGGUUUGCUGAAACCAGGCGACCUGGCCGAGGAAGUUCGCUUCGUGGGGAUCUCGAAGCAGCAAUUGCUUUGCCUGAUUGAUCUGAUCUACGCCGAUGAGGGUGACGCUUUGCCAGCAGGCCUCGCGGAGUGCUGCGCCGCCCUCGAUCUGCCCGAGCCAUCAGAGGCGCGCGCGGUGCAGCUUGCCGAGCGCUUGCAAACCCUCCGCGGCGCAGAAGCCACAUGCGACCUACAGCUGAGCACUGCGAUUGGUGGCUGCCUAUGGACGCAUCGUGUGGUGCUGGCUGCAGGCAAUGCAGUGCUGUGCGACUUCCUGAAGUCUGCCACACAGGACACGGCAGCGCCCUGCUACCAGCUGACCUUACAGGCCAUCAAUGACCUGAAAGCGCUGGAGGCGGCGAUCACCUCGGUGUAUCUGGGCACACGGAUGCCAGGAGGACGGUGCUCCAGCGAUGUGGCGUUGCUGUGCAGCGACUGGCAGUUGCCAAGAUCCAUAUCUUCUGCACGCGAGUCUGCACUGAUGCCCUUUGCCGAUCGAGGCCUGCCCAAGAAGCGCCCUCCUCCACGCAGCUGGUCGCCACGCCGUGAGGCCGCAAGGGCACCCAUUCCGCCAGUGAAGAAAGCUGCAAAGGCUGUCAAGGUGGAUGCCGAAGACCAAGCUUUGAAGACAGGAGCACCUCGGGCCAACGCAUUAUACCGGGCCUUGCUACGAGGUGUGAACCUGGAUUGCUUACCACGCCAUGGAGGAGCAUGA